GUCCACAUCAAGAUAAUUUUGACUAAAUUUCCAUAUGUUACAAUUCAUUCCUACGAUUUUGAAUCUUUGAUACGCUAAAAGGCAAAAGCACAUCAUUUAACUUUCACGGUCCAAUUCCAAGUCCUUUUCCAAUUCCGUCACACAGUUACCCUAACUUUGAUCGGGAAAAAAAAACUUUCUAUAAAGGAAGGAGAACAUAUUCCUAUUCCUUAGAAAAACAGGAAAACAGAAGAAAGUAGAAAGUUAGGGUAAUUAGUGAAGGAAGAAACCCCGCUGCCGCGCGCAGAGCAUUCUGGGAAGUUACAACCUGUAGUGUUCUAGUGGUCUAGGAGAGAGAGAGAGAGAGAGAGGAUGUCGUACUUGCUGCCGCACCUGCACUCGGGAUGGGCGGUGGACCAGGCGAUCCUAGCCGAAGAAGAACGCCUCGUCAUGAUCCGAUUCGGCCACGACUGGGACGAAACUUGCAUGCAGAUGGACGAGGUUCUGGCUUCAGUUGCUGAGACUAUAAAAAACUUUGCGGUCAUAUACUUGGUGGACAUCACAGAGGUGCCUGACUUCAAUACAAUGUAUGAGCUGUAUGACCCAUCAACCAUAAUGUUCUUUUUCAGGAACAAACACAUAAUGAUUGAUCUUGGUACUGGAAACAACAACAAGAUCAACUGGGCAAUGAAGGACAAGCAGGAGUUCAUUGACAUCGUUGAGACAGUGUACCGUGGGGCCAGAAAGGGUCGCGGGCUGGUUAUUGCACCCAAAGACUACUCUACUAAGUACCGUUAUUGAGCAAAGCACUUGGGUCAUUUGCUGUGUCAUUUGAAACUGUAUAAUCAAAUCAAAGUCGUGUUUGCGAUUAUGCUUUGAAAAUCUAAUUGUGGUUAAGAAUGUGCAUGUGAGGUUUAUGCAACAAGUAUUAUGUUGGACUGUUUCCCAAUCUGAAGCAUGUUUGUGUCAA